AUGCGCGGCUGCCUCGCCAACCAGGCCGACCUCGACACGGAGUGGAACAACUUCCUCGACGCCAUGUUGAACCUGGCCGAUCGUCUGGAGGGGCCCUUUAACUUCGAGUCGGUCAUGGAUCCCAUCGACGUGAAGAUCUCUGAGGCCAUCAUGAACAUGCAGGAGAACAGCAUGCAAGUCUCCCAGAAGGUGUUCCAGGGUUGUGGGCAGCCCAAACCCAGCAUGGCCUUCAGAACCAAGCGAUCCAUCAAAGAGACGGCGUUUACAGGACGCUUCAGACCCUACAGUCCUGACGCCAGACCCACCACCGCCGCAGGCACCAGCUUAGACCGACUGACGGGGGAUGUGAAGAAGAGGCUGAAACAUGCUAAAAAGUUCUGGUCCACGCUGCCAGAGACGGUGUGUGCGGGAGAGAGGAUCGCCCCCGGAGACGAGUGCUGGAACGGCACCGCCAAAAGCAGAUACGAGUCUGUUGUCAUCGGCAACGGCCUGGCCAAUCAGGUGUCGAACCCGGAUGUGGACGUGGACAUCACGAAGCCGGACAUCGUGAUCCGGAGUCAGAUGGCGGUGCUGAAGGAGAUGACCAGCUGGCUCAAAGCGGCGCACAGCGGCAACGACAUCUCCUUUGAGACAGACGAAGAGGCCAGCAGCGGGGACGAGGAGGGGGAGAGCGGCAGCGGCUGUGACCCUCCCUCAUGCACUACGGACCAGGACAUCUACUUCAGCACCCCCCAGGUCCCGCGCCUCGUCCCAGUGGCAAAGGGACCGUCCGACGCCGCGGCCUCCAGGCGGGGCAGUCUGCUUUUGGCGCUCUCCGCUCUACUCCUGGCUCUGCUCGUCCCUCAUUGGAGAUAA